GGGGUUUGACAGCUCAACAGCCAACAUGGCGGCUGCUAGCUAAACAAGCAGUGAACGCUCUGGUCUCUGCAUCGUUCUUGGUAAAAAAUAACCCGAGCAGCUGAAUAUACGUGGACGCGUACUACCAGGACCUAUUGUGAGCCUUCUCUGGUUGUUAUAGAAUCGUUGUCCAGUAUGUGAAGCCGGUUUUUUAACGCCAAACAGCAAGGAGUUUACCGACACGGCAGCAGAGGUCUGAGGGCGGACUGUCGGUGUCUGUUAGUCCACCUCCACGAGCCGAGAUGUUUCACAGGUGAGACAGGAAACACCUGAUAACGUUUUAAUCCUGGUUUUAAUAAUCUUUUGGGAUAUUAUCGUCUGUUACAGGGUUGUCAUAGGAAACACUACACCUGUGAGUGACCGUGGACUGACAUGUUUCUCUUGUAAGAGUUUAAAUGACCGCAGAGAUCAGAAAUAAAGAGAGAGUGACCAGAUUGUGUUGUAGAUAAGGGUAUUAUCAACAAAGGCUAGUUACAUCAUUAAUUUACUUUAACCUGGACAGACAAACAUCAUUAUACAGAGAUUAAAAUGUGAUCAUUAUAUCCACUGAUAUUAUUUUAGUGAUUUAAAAAUAUUUUCAGAAUAAAAAAGGCAAAAGCUUGAUUUAUUUGUGAAGUAAAAUUCAGUUUUUCUUACAGUAAAAAGAGGAGAAGCUUUCAUUCUUACUGUCAAAUAAACAUAUAUUAGCUUUAAGGCAUCCUUUGUUGGGUCUAUAUUUAGCGUUGCUCCUGCACAUAAACUGGAAUUAUGGCUCCACCCAUGGGUGAAUCAUAUUAGAUAAUCCUCAAUCCAGACAUAAUGGGACACACUCAGCCUUGAAAAAUGGUUUAUUCUAUCUGGACAAAAGGUGGCCUACUGUAGUUAAGGAGGGGUUCAUAUUCACCACUGAUGCAUGGAGCAACUGUAAGAUAAGUUUCAAUAAAUAAAAAGCAAAUCAGCAUCUUUGUAAAAGUAUAUCUGUGUGUUUUAGGAAAAAAAAUCAAGAAAAUAGAUAAUUAGAAGUCUCUAACUGCAGCAAUGUUAAUCUGAUGUUUCCUCUUAGUCAGUAAACUGUUAUUUUAGAUUUGGGGACAAAACCAGACAUAUGAGGACUUCAUCUUUGGCCUUUUGAGUCACUAAUCUCUUUUUUCUGAAUUUUUUUUGGCAAUAGUUAGACAAGAAUAAAGGAAAUUAUAAGCCAUUAAAUUAACAUGAUCAUAAUAUUGAUGUCUUGAUUUCCACACAAUCCAAGCCAAUCCAUUCUCUAAUGCGUAUCUUUAUUUCUUAUUUCAUUAUGUUGCUAUUGUAUUGUUUCAAGGACAUUGCCAUUGUACUUUGCACAUGUCCCUAUUUAUCAAUUAAUUACCUUUUAAGUUCUUAAUAUUAGGAUCUUUAUUUUUAUAACUGCAUUUUUGCACUCUUUGUCUGUGAUGCUGCUGUGACAAAAAAAAUUUCCCCCAAUAAAGAUCAAUAGCUGCUUUCAGGAUUCAGGGGUUAAAUAACAAAAAGCAUUUUCCUUAAGUUCAGAUCUAAAUCAAGGAACAUGUAAAAGUAAGUCUGAUAAAGACAAGCUGAGUGAUAAAGAAGUUCAUUGAGGUAUGUUUGAAAUAUCCCUGUAAUAGUUUUAUACAUGAAGAGAUGAGGAAAUCCCAGUGAUGGUCACGUCCUCCUUCAUGGGUUGACCACCAAGGGGGGGACUGCCUUAAAAUGUGAAUGCAGUGAUGAACAUUGAAGAGGUCACUGUUAAUAAAUCUCUGUGCAGAAUGAGAAAAAAAGUCAAGGACCUAAAGAGAUGUGUGUAGAUUAUGUCACCUUAGUCCAACAGAGUAUUCAGUGAAACAGAGCUGUGCUAAAAACGCCUUCACCAAAACAGCAAAGAAAAGCAACAAACUCUGGUCAUAAAAAGGAAGGAAAAAUACCCCCGGAGAAAAAAAAAAGGUUAUAUCACAUUAGACAACCAGCCCAUCUCUGUGGUCGAGGAUACAAGUUAUUUACACCAACUAACAGAGGAACUUUGUUCAUGGAGCAGCACUUUGUUCAUAAAGUAAAGCAGUUAAAAUGAUUUCAUAAGCAGAACAGCAGAAAUGAAAGCCUGGAUUUUAAAGACCUGAGUGUUGAAACACACCUACAGAUUUUAAACAAAAUAUGUUGAGUUUAAAGUUUCUCACCAAAACAGAGUUCAGAAUUUACCUUUUACAAUAAGAUAUGUUACGAUGUCUCAUUCCGUCACACAUUGAGACUGUCUUGUGUCAUUUCAAACUAUUUUAAGGUUGCUACAGAAAACUGUUUGAAGGUUAUGAAGAUAAGAAAUCAUUUUAACCACAAUCUCAUCUUGAGAUUUGUCUUAUCGCCCAGCCUUUCACAGCCAAAUAUCAAGAUUUGAAGACUCAUUCCCCUCUCUUAAUCACUGAGAAAGCUUUUUAAUAUUUCACAGACUUUGUCUUGAUUUUUCAGAAAUGUGUGUGAGAGGAAGUCUGCAGACCUUUCGUCAUAUCUGUCGCAGCUGUCAAACGCGCUCGUGCUCGAUGGCAUCUGGGUGGAGAAAGAAAUUCCUCAGUUAAAUACCAAACAUGCUAAAGCUUCCUUUAAAGUGCCUCAGAGACAAGUUAUACUGCAGCCUCUCAGAUUAACUUUAUGUUUGUGUUUCCUGAACUGCAUGUGGAAUAUCUGUCUGCUUUCUGCUGUAUGACCUCCCUGCUCCUUUAGGCGAACACACUUCAGUCAAACGUCAGUCUAAACAUUCAGGAAUCUCACUCAAACAGCCUCCUGUCUGAGUGCAGAGUUAUUUUCAGACUAUCAGGGGUGAAAUAGUGAGGUGAUGCAGCAGUCAGACACAUUCGUCUAGUUUGUUGUGUUGGGACUUUAAAUCUGCUGCAUGUCAAAUGUCUGACCCUCCGUCUCUCUCUCUCUGCAGGUAAUCUGUAAACACCACUUCUGUUGAUGUCAUCUCCACCAGCAAACCCCCCUGCUGCCUCCCGUCUCCCGCCUCCCACAGCCCUGGACUCCCUCUCUGUGUCCUCCCUCCUGUCUGGGGAUUUAGAGGAUGAAGGAGAUGAAGCAAGAGAAGGAGGAAGAGGAGAAGGAGAAGAAGGGGAGGAGGACGGGCUGGGAGACCUGGAGGUGAACCCAUACGAUGGUUUACCGUUUUCCUCCCGGUAUUACUCCCUGCUGGAGGAGAGGCGGAAGUUCCCGGUGUGGAGGCUGAGGCAGAGUUUAUUGGAGCACCUGGAGAGCCACAACAUGGUGCUGCUGAGUGCACCCAGCGGGACGGGGAAGAGCACACAGGUACCAGCUGGAAAGGAAUUAUGUUUUUUGUCCUGGAUGGCCAGAGAUGAUCGUUUUUGUGCUGCACAUGUUGAUGUUUUAUUUGCAUCCAAACAAAGGUGAUGACAUUUUUUAGCCAAUAGCAUCAGAACAGAUAACCACAAAUAAAUUAUUAUUAAUCUCCUAUUUAAAACACUUAUAAAAAAUAAAACAAAAAUACAUAUAUCACUUCAGAUUUUAACUGGCUGCUCAGCUUGUUUCUAGGUCAGGAUACUUCAUUAUCAAGGUUUGUAUUUUAGUCCAAAAUAACCUCUUUUAUAACACUAACCGGGUUUUUUAACUGAUUUAAAAAAAGAUUAGUUAGAUGUACAAAAAGAAUCAGUGUUUCUCUAAAGUGUUUUUUGAAGGGGGCUCUUUUGAAACCUAGAUGGAGGAUAGUUUGUGGCUCCUUACAUAACCAAGAACUGAGCAUCAUUCUCCCUCCCAUCUGCGCUCUAUGUGCUUUUUGCCUUAAUGAUAUUUGAGCAAAAAACUCUCAUGAUGUUUUGCAGCUCUGUGCAGUUUGCUCGUUGUUGUGUCUGGUUGUUUGGGAUGAACUGUGAGCAUCACAACUCUCUGUUACACAGAGCUGUAGAUGUCAGUGCUUACACAAAUUUUUACUUUUAACUCCUAAAAGUUCCUGACUCUGAGCACAGCUCUUUAAAAAGUGUGUUUGAGGACUUUCUUUGAGGUGUCCUGGUUGUUGUCACAGCAGCUCCUCAGUUCACUCCCUUCAGGCAAAUAAUGAAGCCGAGAUCAAACCAACACUGUGCUGCUGAAACCUGAACUCUUAUGUCAUCAAUUUAACACCCAGAGAUCCAUUUACCCGCACCUUCUUCUUUUUCUGCAAAGAAUCAGACAAACACUUUCAGGUUAUCAAUCACUGCAGUUACAGGAGCCAGGUUGGAGAUGAUGCUGGACUAAAACAACAGAUGUUAAAAGUGUUUUUAGCUGUGGUUAAGUAUUAAACUAAAAAAGCACUAAAGCUGUAGGAACUUCACUUCAACAUUAUUUCUUUUUUUCACCUCUUUAUGUCUAUUUAAAAUCCAUGCUAACUUUUACAAACUGAUGGAAAACCUCCUGAGUUUCUGUUUGAUUAUCAGCCUGUAUUACUUAGUAUUAUCAGAUCGAAUGCAGGCUGUUAUUAAAUAUUGGUUUAAGGUCAACUUUAGGGCUGUUUGUUUGUUCUCUCCAGUCAUCCAGGGCUCUUUACCUGUUGGUCAUGUACUUCCUGAAGCAGCUACAAUGACAGUAUAGUGAGCAGAGUAGAUACACACAUGCAGGAGUUUACGCUUGAAUUUUAUGAUGAUUACUUAUUUGAAGAGGAAGAUGUCUUUUUUCAACCUUGUAUUAAACUUAAAGCCAAACUUCUGUGAAAGAAAUAUGAGCUUUUAUUUGUUGAUCUGUUUCAGUAAAGUCGAUAAUUCACUCAUGCAGCUCUCUAUGGAGAGCUGCUGUCAGUGUGCAGGCCUCUGAUUUGUUUGCAGCUUGUGUAUACUCAUAAAAAUGUUUUGAUCAGGGUGUGUGCACUCAGCGGGGCCCCGCACAUCUCUGCCUCCUGGUUUUUGUUUUUGAAAAUGUACUGGAGGUUUUGUCAUGCUAAUCUGGUAACAAAAAAACAAACACGGCAGCGAACAUUUUCCGGCAGUGAAGCUAAGAGAUGCCUGCUUGAAAAGGCAGACCAAAAGAUUUCAAAUGAUUGUGAAAGUAAAAGAAAAAAUCCCAGGUUCAGAGUUUGUUGGGUCCCCAAUGAGAGCUACAUCUAAGGUGUGUGUGUGAGUACUGUAUAAUCUCUCCCUCCUCUUCUUCCUCUCUGCAGGUUCCUCAGUGGUGUGCCGAGUUCGCUCUGUCUUACGAGUUCUCUCAGGGUCUUGUCUGCUGCUCUCAGCCGUACUCGGCGGCAGCUGUGAGUCUGGCUCUGCGUGUCGCUGAUGAGAUGGAUCUGAGUUUGGGCCUGGAGGUCGGAUACAGAGUGUCUCAUGAUGACAGCUGCACACCUGACACCAUGCUCAGGUAAGGAUGUGGGAAUGAUGGAUAGUGAAAGGUGACACUUAGUUAUUUAUCGCCAUGACAAAAUAGUGAGACCACUUUUGAAUGUUACAGCCUCCAAAAACCCGAAUAUUGAAGUUUCAAGUGUUUGCCAAUAGAGUCUGAAAGUAUGUACUUUACUUUAACACACACCUUUCCUUAUAAAUCAGAAUAUUAUCUCCUUGCAUCUUUUUGCAGAAGAUGAACAAAUGAAAAUAACAGGAAGUCAUUCAGCAGGAGCGUAAUGUUUAGAGGACUCAAACCGACAGCUCUUCAGCUCACUUUUUUUUACAUUCAGCCUUUUGUUAUAUUUCCCCCUUUGUAAUCAUAACUAAGUGUUCUGCAUGAUGUUUAGCUGUUUAUUUUAUUAAGGUUACCUCUUGAUUAUUGAUGUACAAUAUACACCAUAAAAUCUGUCUAAGGAAGCCUCAAGAAACUCACUGAAUUAUGACUCUGACUCCUGCAAGCCUCACAUGCAUGAAAUCUAGAGCCUGACUUUGGACACAGCUUCAAAUAUUGAUUGAAACAGAUAUUGAUGGUGUGGUAAAUCUUCUAAAGCCUAUAUCUUGUUGAAAAUAGUGCAUAGAUAACAUCUAAUGUGAGAGAAUUCAUUGUGUUAUCAAAAGUAUAGGUCUGUAAAGUAAAGAUCUGCAGAUUAGGACCAGCAUUGGUUUGGCGCGUAAAAUACAAGAAUAAUGGCAUCUUAAAAUUAUGUCACAUGAAAUGUAUGAUCAAACAUCAAAGCCCGUCUGACAUUUCUAUAGACACAAAGCUUUUAUUCCGAACAUUUUCAGGGCAGAUAUUCAUGAGUCAACUUUCUUUUAAGACUCAACAUCCAGACAUGAUUCAGUCUGAUAUGAUUCAAGUCUAGGAAGGGCGGUUUUUUGUUCUACGUUGCAGCUAUUUGGCACUUCUACCUGAAAUGUGAAGCCAUGACGUUGUUUGCCUUGUGAACAGAUUGAAGUCCCACAAGGAGAAACAUGUCCUGGUUUUGAAGAUUGAAGGGCCUCUCAGGGUUUCUUUUGGCCAUCCAACUGUAGGGCGAUCCAUGAAAUGAGUCAUUGCUUUAUUUGCAUUAUCCUCUGGCCUUAUUUGUAUCAUGUGUUCACACAGAGCUCUCCUCCCUGUGGUGGUUCAGACAUUGUCAUUGGAUAACACCAGUGUGUAGCUCUCAUGUUACACGUCCUUUCUUUUUUGCAGUCACACCUUCAGUCUUUGUCCUCAGCCCCCUUCAGGUUUUGUCAGAGGUGGUGAGGAAAGUGUUAUAGCAGUGAAAAUUGAUCCCACUGUCCUCUCCUGCCCCCUUCAAUGACUAUUGAAAAAAAUGUCUCAGUUUGUUAUUAAGAGCUUUAGUUUUCCUCCCUUUUGACAGAGUCUCUGGUCCUUUAUCGUGGCUUUUGGAGCCUGAAUAUAUGUUAAAACCUCUGUUUGUGUAAAAUAUCCUGGUUUUCCUUCUCCUCAGGUUUGUUAGCGACACCCUCCUGUUAGAGGAAAUGAUGUCAGACCCCCUGCUGCAUCAGUACGGACUGGUGGUUUUGGACGAGCUGCAGGAGCGGACCGUCCCCACCGAUGUGCUGCUUGGUCUGCUGUGCGACGUUUGCAGGCAGAGACCCGAUAACUUCAGGGUGGUCCUGCUCACCCACCCUACGCUUGCUCCACGCCUCUCAGCCUUCCUGGGACCCUCGGUCCCUCACCUUAACCUGGACAGUGCGCCCCCCUCAGGUGAAGAUGAAGAGGGGGGUGAGGUAGAGGAAAAGACGAGGCCUGCUGAGGUGAACAGGGUGGAGACUUUGUACCGGGAGCUCUCAACUGGGAGGGAACCGGUUUCUGCUGCGUGUCACAUGGUGCUGGAUCUGCACAGGAGGGGGGAGGAAGGAGACGUGAUGGUGUUUCUGGCCAGUGCACAGGUAAAGGAUUUAAACACUGCAGAGGAUAAGCACUCCUAUGAAUGCGUUUUUGAAUCUCUAUCAUAGGGCUGCACAACAGAUGAGAGCAAUCCAUACGGGUACUGUGUCCUUGCCCCUGUUUGGGUGACUAGUGGUAAAUAAAAACUCCAGGGUCUUCAGUAAGAAUAAGAAAACUGUAUUAUUUCAGUAGUUAUAGAUGGCCCAGAUCUAACAGCAAGUCAGGUAAAUAUACAGAAAGCGUGACUUUUCUGAUGGGUGGUGGUGAGAGCAGGAGAGCUCAGAGUUUUAUUGAACCAGCAAACAUUCGAUAAGCAUUUUGAAGCUGGCACCUUCGUGUCACACUCAUUUUAUAAUUGAGGAACAUGUGGGGUUUAAGCAGGGAGUCGCUACGAUUAACCCUCCUUGGCUUUUUGAAGAGUCCCGAGGCAGCCCACAGCUCCUGCUAUCUCAGAGCGCAGUGAACGGUCUCUGAAGCUAUUACAGCUCCGCAUGGUGCCAGAGCAAGACUUAAGAUUAAAAGAUUAAAAGUGAUGACCCGAUUCAGGUAACACUGUUAAAAUACACACGUGAAUGAUGUGAUAUGUGACCCUUUAUGACGCCUCUGGGCACAACAUGGGGUCAUUCAUCCAAAUUCAUGGAGGCAGACUUACAAGACACUUACAGACCUUUAACCUUAACGUGUUUGAAUACUACAUCACUGAUCAAAAAGUCAAGAUUCAUGUGUUUGCCUGACUGGCUGUUAGAUUUGGGCUCUCGCCGGCUGUUACAAACAAUCAUUUUAUUAUUUUAGGCCACUAAGUUGUGAAAGGCCUUACAAACCCCAUUUACUGCUAUUUAUUUGGACAGACUGCUGUCAGCCAAAAGAGGAAGGCUGCUGUCAUCCAUGUAUUGUUUGAACAUCAGAAUUGCAAAAAUGUGCACAGGUGUAAUAGUUACAUGGCAGGACAUGCAUUAACGGUCAUAUGGCCUGAGGACGUCAUGCUGUCAGCACUUCCUCAUUGUCAGGGAUUAAUCUGCGAUACACAUGUAUCUGAAAUCACUUUGAAGCAGCACAUGGAGGCUGUGCGGGCAGCGUCUGUAUCUGUGUGCCACAUGAAUGUUGGGUUUAAACAUGCACGCAUGUCAUUGCAGAUCCCUGAUAAACGCUCUGUUAAGCGGGACAGAUUAUACAGAGUGAUCCUGCUCAUCCUGGUGCUUUUUAAUGUUGUGGGCACACCUGCGAGCUGUUAUACCAACACGACCACAGAGUGUUGACUAUCUUAUACGCACCUGCAGUGCACCUGCUGUACAUCAUAGGGAUGUGAAUAAUUGUAUAUUAAAGGAGAUGGUGAGUUUGGGUUUAAAUUUCAAGUUUCCAUUAAACAGCCUGUGGCUCAAAUAAAACAGAAUUUUUAACCAGACAGAAAUGAUAGAGUGGGUAAGUUGACCGUAUUUAUUUAAGUAUAUCCAGCAGCCUGUUGCUGCUCCAAACUCUCUCGACCUCGUGUGUCUGCAGGUGUCAGAGCUAUGGUCGGAGAGCUGAACACAGUCUGAGAUGAGAAGGAAGAAUAUUUGAUUCGAAAGCAGAAAACAGACCUAAAAGUUCAGAUUUUAUAUUUUACUGGAAGUUUUCACAUUUGCGAUUUAUGUUGCACAACAUGCUAGCCGAGCCACAAAGAUUUGCGUCAUCCCCCCUGCUGGUUAUUUGUUGUUUCAGAUUGAGGAGUCUUUUCAGCAUGUUACAAAAUGUAGUUACUGAACUGAACGCCACCAUUUUCUUUAAAUGCAGAACUACCAGCAGUGAGGGUGAAAAGCUGAUGUUACUGUGGUGCUGCUACAUUUGUCUUCCUCACUGUGUAUGCAGCAUGAUGGGCUCUAUGCACCAAUCCAAUACCUGCUCCUUUAUAUCCUGUCUUACAUGAUUUGACAAACUGAUUAAUCCAGGUGUGUCUGAUUAGUCAUAAUGAUCAGUCACACCUGGAAUAAUCAGUUUGUCCAAUAAUGUAAGACAGGAAAUAAAGGAGCUGCCUUCAGUUCAGGAAGUAGUGGAUCAGUGCAUAGAGCCCAUUUAGUAGCAAAAAGGUUGAAGUUCAAGCACCAUCUACUGGGUUGUGACCAAAACUGCAGCCUGUCCAGAUGUUUUGGUUUCACUUUUGAGAAACUGCAGCAUCCCCUGUGUUCUUUAUGGUUAAUUACAGAUACCACACCAUCAGUGUUACAGUAUUAAAACUGUUAAGUUAAAUCAGCAUGCAAACAUAUCUGUGUGGUUCAUGUUUGGACUGAAUAAAAGCUGUGUGAAACUGUCUUAGACACCAGGUUAUUCUACUGAGUUUCACCUUUUAGUGAAACUAUGACACCUUUGCCUGGGAGUCCUUUGGGGUCUGCAGGUGUCUGGUGUCCUGGUUCACACUCAGAUGUUUGCAGGCCUGUCAUGUCGUCCAUUCAGGUGCAAAGCUCAUGGUACAUAUUGAUCUAAAACUCUGCAGGAUGCACAUGAAACUCCCUCUAAGUCAACAUCACCACGCCUCCUGCUCCUUCACUCUCACUCCUGGUUUUUACUGAGGACAGAAACAAGUGUGUGUAUCUUUCUGCACCAACAUAGAAACCCAUAAAGUCUUCUCGCUUGUGUCAGCUGAAAUAAACCCUGAAAUGUAAAAUUUCUAACUGCUCUCUGUCUUAAUCUGUGCAGGAAACAGAGGAGUGCAUGUCCUUUCUGGAGAAGGAGUGUGUAGCUCUAAGUCCUCAACUUGGUGCUCUCAGGAUCAUCCCCCUUCAUUCAGGACUUGGUGGGCUGGUCCAGCGUGUCUAUGAAGCUGAUCCCACCGUACUGAGGGAGAACGACAGCUCAGAGGGCGGGGAUGGCUCGGUGCUGGGAACUGGAGGUCCUCCAGGGUUUAAAAGAAAAGUUAUCCUGACUGAUACACUCGGAGAGGCCUCCUUCUCCCUGCAAGGGAUCCGCUACGUCAUCGACACAGGCCUUCAACUCAAAACUGUGAGUUUGUCAUCAAAUAUUAUGACCUGACCUUUUUUGGAAAUAUUCAAGGAUCUAAAAGCAAACAGAGUGUAAAAUCCUAGAAUAACAGUGAAACAGUAAUUGAUGUUCUUAAGACCACAGAGAGUGCAAUUUUCAAGAUAGAAAGGUCCUCAAGACCCUGAACUGGAACUCACAAAUUUGGGAAGUCUUUGAAAUAUAAAUGAGGCAGUGAUAUUUACUUUGAAAUGCUGAAAGGCAACCGGUUCUCAAGAAAUAUUAAAAUAUCAAAGUCAGGACUUAUUUUCUGGAUUUCAUUUUCUCCAAACCCAAAUGGCCUCAAGCUGGAAGAGGUCAUCCUAAAAUGGUCCAAAGUUUGGGCUGACGAGAAAGCACUGUAAAAAAAAUAAAAAAAGGACCUGGCUUCUAUAAGGGUACUGAAGCUGGUUCUAGAUGUGAUCUGGUGAGGGGCAGGAUUACACACAGGCGGGUUGUUGGUCUAUCACAGAGCUAUCUACCUCAUAUUGGCUUUCAAAAAUGUCAAACAGUGUUAUUUCAUUUUCAGGACAAGAUCUUUUUGGUGAAGAUGCAAAUAUUUUGAAUAUCUUCUCAGGGAUAAAUAAAGUUCUUCUUAUCUUUUUUUCACACUAUAAAUGUUUCCACAGGUUUACAAUCCACAAAUCAGAGCCAACUCUCAGGUCCUGAGGACGAUCAGCAAACACCAGGCCAACAUGAGAACUCAGAGGGUGAACAGCCACCUUCCAGGUAGGUCAAAGGUCAUUUCUGCUCUUCUGAUUAUCAGCUGAUACCUGAAAUAAGAUGUAAUAUUUUGUUUAAAUUUUAGUAUGAAGCCUGCAUAAGAUACUCUGACCAACAUAACACAAUGACUGACUCAUGGAAGGAGGAUGGACAUUAUUUUUUUCUGUUGUAUUAAAAAAUGCAAUUCUGAAAUCAAGAGUUGACGAAUUUCCAACAAAAUAUAAAGUAGCAAACCAUGGCUCAAAAAUAAAUUAUAGCCUGUAUUAGAUUAAAAAUAGCGUUAAGACAAACAUAUCAGAUGUUAAAACACCUACAUUUACAAAUUUUUGUGAAAAAUAUAUGCUGAUUUUAAAAUUCGUGACAGCAACAUGUUACAAGAAAGUUGUUUAAGCAUCAACCAAACAUUCAUGAACAUUUGCAGAGACUUGGUGUAAGAAGAGCUGAUCCUGUAACUGCAUUUUAGAAAUAUGUUUGUGCCAUCAAAUUUAAAAUGAGCAGUUUUAUUCAUGAAACAGUUUGAGUUUUCAGUGCAAAGACAUGUCAUUGGUAUAGAUCUUAUUUUACUGCUGCUUAACUGUUUUGUGAACCUGUAUGUUGUCCUUGUGUUUGCAGGGCUGUGUCUCCGUCUGUAUCCUCAGUCUCUGUAUGAGGAGGGGAUGGGGGAGGCUCACUGUCCUGGUGUGAUGGAGGAGAACCUGAGCCAUUUGGUGCUGCUGCUGAAAAGACUCGACAUCGCAGACAUGGGACAGUGCAAGUUCCUGGACAGACCAGGUACUUUUGUGAACUACUGCGGACAUAAUGAGGAUUUAGAUAAGUCAAUCAGUAAUGGGGAUAACUUUUCGAAAUACAGUCAGCUGUAAAUGUUUUACCUCUGACUCUAUUUAUCAACAGUUCAGCAUUGUCUCUGCUGUUUGUGGUCUCAGGUGCUUCAACAGACUUUUAUCAGUGAUAUAACCUCCAGCAGCUGAAGCGUUUCAGCUGACAGCAGAUCUAAAUACAACACCAUCUCUCCCCUCCAUGUUUGUCUCUCAGCCCCUGAAGCCCUCAUGCAGGCCCUGGAGGACCUGGACUAUCUUGCAGCUCUUGAUGAUGACGGAAACCUCUCAGAGGUCGGCAUCAUCAUGUCGGAGCUUCCUCUGGAGCCGUCACUGGCCAAAGCGUUAAUCGCUGCAUGCGAGUACGACUGUGUGGAUGAGCUGCUCACUAUCGCUGCUAUGCUAACAGGUAGCUUUAGGAAUUUGAACAUCUUCUUUAUCUUAGGGAAACAAUAAAAAAUACAUGAUUUUUCACUUUUUCUGUUUUAGUUCUUUAAUAUACCAUUUAAUGUAUUAGUCUAAAAACUAACAUUGAUUCUUAAUUUCUCUUCUAGCUCCUUCCUGCUUUGUGACUGCAGACUCCAGCAGAGAGGAGGUGGCUAUCACGCACUGGAGACCUUUAACGCACACCGAGGGAGAUCACAUGACCCUCAUUAAUAUCUAUAAAGCCUUCAUAGAGCGUACGUGUUUAUUAUACCUGUCUAGAGUUCACAGAAGGUCUUGUUCACACAAUAUUAAUUAUGCAUCGAUUGUUUUUGGAUGAUUUCCGCAGAUAAUCAGGACGAGGCAUGGUGCACCACCAACUUCCUCAGUCAUGCAGCCUUACGAUUGGCUGUGGUGAUCAGGGCGGAGCUCCUGGAGGUGAUGCAGAGAAUAGAGCUCCCUGUUUCUCCUCCUGCGUUUGGAUGCCAAGACAACUGCACCAAUAUCAAACGUGCCCUCAUCUCAGGCUUCUUCCUGAAAGUAAAAACCCUUUUGAUGAAAACCACGUCUUUGCUCCUUAUAGAGCGGCCUCUUAAACGUCUUUAUUCCUUUUCCAGGUGGCUCAUGAUGUGGAUGGCUCAGGUAACUACCUCCUGCUGACUCACCGCCACGUGGCUCACCUGCACACCUUUUCCUCCUAUCUGUGCCGUCAGCCCCGCCCUGACCCCCCCAGCUGGGUGCUGUACCAUGAGUUCACCAUCUCCAGGGAUAACUGCAUCCGUAUUGCCUCAGAGGUCCACCCUCAAAUGUGAGUCACUCAAAGUUACUGAUGCUGAAAAUAGGUCAAAAUAAAACACCAGAGAAAACUGAAAACUGAAAUAUUUUUGCUUUAAAGUCCCACUGCCAUUGUUUUUUUUACUACUUCAAGUGUUCUCAGUGGUCUUUAAAUUGUGAUUAUGAAGUUUUUACCAAAAAAACUUACUGUCAUACCUGUGUCAUUUCAAGGACUUUUCUUCUGCAGAGGUCCAGUAGUAGCAAGCCUCUUCAUUCUAGCUUGCAGCCUAACAUUGCCUGUGUAGUAGAAGUGGCAGGUAACAUAGGAGUUAUUCAGCUCUUGGACACAAAUGUCUUUAGGGACGUGAUGUAAGUUAAUAUCAUACUUAGCUUUCUUACGAGCAUUACAAUCCACUAACACACACGCUUGUUCUGCGAUCGUCCGCUGCGAUUCACAGCGAUUUGAGUGAAGAAAUACUCAGAAAAGCAAUUUCGCAUCAAGUUUUCUCAUGAUAUGUCCUGUAGCAUUAGAAAAAUGCCAUAUGAACUUAUAAAAAACAAGAAAAACAUGAUUUUUAUUGGAGUGGGUCUUUAAACCAGUCCUUUAAGUCUAAAUCCUGACAUAAAGACCAGGGCCUGUAUUUUCAAGUACUGCCGGAGGUACCAGGUUGUUCUGUGAGGCAGGUCUUUAUAUUAAAUCGUCUGUGUGAGGAAUAAAAUUGUUCAAAUUUGAAUACAAAAGGAGGAUCUGAUUCACUGAAAAUUCACUGAUCUUCUCUGUGGAAUAGAAAAGCUCUUGAUUGUUGCAGAAACAGCUGCUGAUCUCAUAAAGCAGAAGGAUUUUACAGCAAGUACCUGCGUUGUACUGUUCUAUUUUCAGUCCUGAAAUUUGUAAACACAACUUGAUUAUCACAUAGGACAGAGCCAGCUCAAUCAAUUACUUUCCCAUAUGAGACAAUCCCACUUUUUCCUGUUGUUUUUGUAGGGGGAAAAUACUGUGUCUUAUGUUACGGUCAACUCGAACAAAAUUUCUCUAUAUUUAGACGUAAACCAGCAUGAUAACAGCUAGCUAUGAUGAUGUUUAAAAUGUUCAUAAAGGAAUUAUCUGAUUUUCUAUAUUCAAGUUUAUGUGGAAGAGGUGGUCUGUAUAGUCAAUACUGCUUCCAGUCAGCAGGGGGAGCUCUAAACAUUUUGGUUUUACUUCAAAGGAAGGAGAGAAUUUUUACACAGACAGAAACUUCAACCUUCACAAGUGUUAGAUAGCAGCCAUUACGGCCUGUUUUUUCUAAAGCAAUCCAGAAAACUCAUUCCAAAACUUCUUGUACUUUUUAUCAUUUAGACCCCAAAAAAAUCAAAAUAAGGACCACGAUCAAAAAAACACAAAUUCUCCUGUUACAGUCUGUGAAUUGACCAUCUUCUCUGUGCUGCAGGCUUGUGGAGCUCGCCCCGGCGUACUUCCUGGGAAACCUCCCAUCCAGUGACGGCAAAGAGCUGCUGAUGGAGCUGAGGCAGGGUCUGGAGCCGCAGACGUACGAGCAGGAUGGAGCCUCAGACCCGCAGAGUCGGACUCACAGGGAUGCAGGAGAGACCAGCACUGAGCUCUGCAUCAUCCAAUGAGGGUUUUCAGACAAGCUCCUACUGGAAAUAAUUGUGCUGUUAAUAUAUCUUUCAUGCAGUGGCUUUGGAAAAUACUUUUCCCUUUGUCGUGUUUACUUAAUUCUUAAUGUUAUUUAGAACAUUUUUUAUUUAAUGAGGGAUUUCUGUGUUUCUGUGGGUGUUAAACAUCAAUUUUAAAUUGUAGCACGAGAAAAAUACUUUAUAAAAUGUCUGUUUUUUCAGCUGAAAGCAAUAAGCAUUACUAAAGUGAGCAGAGACACUAUUAUUGGAUGACCUUUGACCUCUAUGCAGAAUCUUCUCAGGGCUCACUGUGAAGAGAAACUGUAGCUGUGAAGCAAAGAGUUUCUAUUUUCAGCUUUUUGAUACUGUUUGUAUGAUGUCUGGGUUGUUCUGCCUUCCUCUCUCUGUCUUUGUGUGACAAAAUGAAACCGCAUAAAAAAUCUCCUUGUCUUAUUUAAAAGGGUUUUGUCUAAAAUCUCAGCUGAGUGAUUUCUCACUCCACAGCUGCCUGUUUUAGAGUCCUUUCCCUGCUAUAUCACACUCUAUUUGAGGUCAUAUCUGUCUUGUAUUAAAUGCAAUCCUGAUUUA